AUGUUGGUCCAGGCUGCUGCCGCUGCCCUUGCCAUUGCUGCUUCUGUGACCGCUCAAGCCGUGGUUCCUCCUUUUACUGCUCCAGCUGCUGCACCAACUGCUGCAUCGUCGUUCUACACUGGUGCUAACAAUGGAACCCUGGUAAACGGACCAGUGGUCGCUGGGAAGGCUUUCGACCGAAUAAUAACGAUCUGGUUGGAAAACACCAACUUUGCAGUGGCUGCCAGCAAUGCCUACUUGAGCUCGUUGGCGUCUCAAGGAAUUCUUUUGGACAACUACCACGCCGUUACGCAUCCUAGCGAACCUAAUUACAUGUCAGUUGUUGGUGGUGACUAUUGGGGAUGUAUUGAUGACGCGUUUCAUGAGCUGGGACAAAAUGUCUCAACGGUGGUUGACCUUCUGGAAGCUAAGAAGAUCUCUUGGGCUGUCUACCAAGAGAACAUGCCAACUGAUGGAUUCACCGGCUUCAACUACUCAAACCCCACUGACAACUACACUUACUAUGUACGAAAACACAAUCCAGUCAUCUUUUACGACUCCGUUGCGCUCAAUCCUACCCGUGCUAGUCGCAUUCGUAACUUUAAUGAUUUCGCCGCGGACGUAAAUGCCAAUGUGAUCCCACAAUGGUCUUUCUUCACACCAAACAUGAAGAAUGAUGGUCACGACACCAAUAUAAAUUGGGUGGGCAAUUAUACCCAAUACUUCUUAGGCAGUCUAUUAACCAACCCCAACUUCAACGACAAUCGAACACUGAUCCUGUUAACGUUUGACGAGAACGAAGUAUACCCAUCUGACAACAAUAGAGUGUUUGCCGUUCUACUUGGUGGUGCCGUCACCAGUUCCGGUAUGGCCGGUACUGUUGAUAGCACCUUUUAUACCCACUACUCUACGCUGAGCACCGUGCAAAACAACUGGGGGUUGGGAUCGCUAGGCAGACACGAUACUGUACCAACACUUGCCAACGUGUUCAACUUUGUUGCCUCUCAGACCGGUUAUAGCAACAUCAAUGUUACCACUCAGCCGUCGCUAAACUCCUCUGCAUCAUACACUGGUCCUUUCAAUGUUAACUACUGGACUCCUGUAUUGGCUCCCAAUGUCAGCGCUGUAGGAGCAGGAGGUGGACCAGUCUUUGUCGACCCAUCUGUGAACUUGAAUUUAACUUCUGCUACUCCUGUUAACCUUACUGCAUUGGCCGCUGCUGCAUCGGGAGCUUCUGCCAACAAAACUGCCAUCAUUGCCGGCUCUGUAUCUGCAGUUGUCGUCGUUAUAUGUGCCAUUGCAUUCGUUGUCUGGGGUCGCCCAUCAUUGAAGAGACGGGCCGAGGCUCUGAAGAAACGCGCACAAAAGUAG